UCCAGCCCCUCGCCGUCCUCCCGCUGCGGGCAGAGGCUGCCGCCGGCUCCGCGCUCCACGCCGGGGCACCGGCGGCCACCGGGAAGGUCGGAGGGAGGGUGGUUUCCUCCCGCCCCACACCCAGUCUCCGAGCCGGAUGUACAGAGUGUCACGUUUGGGAGCCGAAAGACCAGAGCCGUUUCCCUGUGGCUGGAGCGCUUCCCGCAGCCUCGGGCAGGGGCCGGCACUGAGGACCACUAGUUAAACUCCACCCCGUGCCGGAGGAGCAGGCACCUCUGUCCAGAGCUCUAAAGGACAAAGGGAAGAACCAUGUCCACGAUUGCAGCUUUCUAUGGUGGCAAGUCCAUUCUCAUUACUGGGGCCACGGGCUUCAUGGGCAAAGUGCUGAUGGAGAAGCUAUUUCGCACCAGCCCCGACCUGAAAGUCAUUUACAUCCUUGUGAGGCCCAAGGCUGACCAGACACCGCAGCAGAGGGUUUUCCGGAUCCUAAAUAGUAAGCUCUUUGAAAAAGUCAAAGAAGUUUGUCCACAUGUGCAUGAGAAGAUCAGAGCUAUCUCUGCAGAUCUCAAUCAGAGCGACUUUGCCAUCAGCAAGGAGGACACGCAGGAGCUUCUCUCCUGCACAAACAUCGUCUUCCACUGUGCCGCCACUGUACGCUUUGACGACCAUCUGAGACAUGCCGUGCAACUAAACGUCGCUGCCACCCAGCAGCUCUUGCUUAUGGCCAGUCAGAUGCCAAAGCUCGAAGCCUUCAUACAUAUCUCUACUGCCUAUUCAAAUUGUAACCUGAAGCACAUCGAUGAAGUCAUCUAUCCAUGCCCUGUGGAGCCAAAAAAAAUCAUCGACUCCAUGGAGUGGUUGGACGACGCUAUUAUUGAUGAGAUUGCACCCAAGCUGAUCGGGGAUUGGCCCAAUGCUUACACCUACACCAAGGCCCUGGGAGAGAUGGUGGUGCAGCAGGAGAGCAGGAACCUAAACAUUGCCAUCAUAAGGCCCUCCAUUGUGGGAGCAACCUGGCAGGAGCCUUUCCCAGGUUGGAUUGAUAACCUAAAUGGACCUACUGGGCUCAUUAUUGCGGCUGGGAAAGGAUUUCUUCGGGCCAUAAGAGCUACUCCAAUGGCUGUAGCAGAUUUAAUUCCAGUUGAUACAGUCGUCAACCUCACCUUGGCUGUAGGAUGGUACACGGCAGUACACAGACCUAAGUCAACAUUAAUCUACCACUGUACAUCUGGUAACCUCAAUCCCUGUAAUUGGGGCAAAAUGGGAUUCCAAGUCUUGGCAACCUUUGAAAAAGUCCCAUUUGAGAAAGCUUUUAGGCGGCCCAAUGCUGACUUCACAGCCAACACCAUCACAACCCAUUACCGGAACGCAGUCAGCCACCGCGCCCCUGCCAUCAUCUAUGACUUCUAUCUGCGGCUCACAGGAAGGAAGCCCAGGAUGACAAAGCUCAUGAAUCGGCUUAUAAGAAACGUUUCCUUACUGGAGUAUUUCCUCAACCGCAGUUGGGAGUGGAGCACAGACAAUACAGAAAUGCUGAUGUCCGAGCUGAGUCCUGAGGACCAGAGGGUAUUCAACUUCGAUGUGCGCCAGUUGAACUGGUUGGAAUACAUUGAAAAUUAUGUUUUAGGAGUUAAGAAGUACUUAUUGAAAGAGGAUAUGGCUGGGAUCCCAGAAGCAAAGCAACACUUAAAAAGGCUCCGAAACAUUCACUACCUCUUCAAUACCGCCUUCUUCCUCAUCGCCUGGCGCCUUCUCAUUGCCAAAUCUCAGAUCGCUCGGAAUGUCUGGUUCUUCAUCGUGAGCCUCUGUUAUAAAUUCCUCUCCUACGUUAGAGCAUCCAGCAUGCUCAAGGUCUAAGAACAUUUGGCAAUCUCCUUUUGUCUGGAACCUCUCAGAUACCUCUAGAACAGCAAACUACGGUUCUCAAGAUUAGGAAGUAACAAAGAAUAUG